AUGUUUACUGGACUCGUCGAAACUAUAGGAACAGUUGCUGAGUACGUUGGGCAAGACAACUCCUCCUCUGGAGGCAAUGGUGUUUCCAUCACGAUUACCGACUGUUCACCCAUAUUAGAAGAUGUUCAUCUUGGGGACUCAAUUUCAACCAAUGGUGUUUGCUUAACUGUGACAGACUUUGAUGCCGCUAAGACUCUCUUCAAAGUGGGAGUUGCUCCUGAAACCUUGCGCAAAACCAAUUUGGGCUCAUUGUCAAAAGACUCCAAGGUGAAUUUAGAAAGAGCUGUGACAAGUGAUGUCAGGUUAGGUGGCCACGUCGUACAAGGCCAUGUUGAUACAAUUGCAACAAUUGUUGGUAAAAAGCCAGACGGAAACGCAAUUACAUUCACAUUCGAGCUCAGAGACAAGGAGUUUAUCAAUUACAUUGUGCACAAGGGAUUUAUUGCCAUUGACGGAACCUCGUUGACAGUAACUUCAGUCGAUGACUCAAAAGCACAAUUCUCUAUCAUGUUGAUAAGCUACAGUCAGGAAAAGGUUAUCUUAGCAAAAAAGGAAAUUGGUGACACCGUAAAUAUCGAAGUGGACCUCACCGGUAAGCUUAUUGAAAAGCAAGUUGAGCUUAACUUGAAGGCGCAAAUUGACAAGAAUGAUAGUGCUUUGAAUGCGUUAAUCACAUCAAUUGUUGAAAAGAAGGUGAAGGAGUUGAUUAAAUAG